AUGCAUCACCAUCAUCUUCAUAUGCAUCACACCUUCGCGGCCCAUUGUGCUCUGUUUUUUUGGAUGGGAUCGACUUUCCAGGGUGGGUUUUUGAACAAUUGGGCUGACGCUGGGUACGUGAGAAAGCUCACCCUAAGCGUGUGCUGGAAUUCUUUUGUGUAGCUUGGGUCAUGAGGUACAUAAUUUUUGUUUACUUUGUAGUUGAUAUUCAUUUGGAUUAUUGAAUUUAGCUCUAAAAUGGUUGAUAAAGCGGAUUUUUUUGAGAAAGAAAUUUUUUUUUGUCAUCUUUGACUUUACUUUACCCAUCUAGCCCCUCUAAAACAAUGUGAGCGCAACAAUUCUCCCAAAUUUCGUCAAAUCUUGAUAUGUCCCUCUUGUGGUGUGUCUCCUGUUUCCAAAUAGAACUCCUUUGGCUGUUUGUGGAUGCCCAUCUUUAUCUGCCGAUGUCAUUUUUUCGCGGCGAAUUUGGGGUCGGGAAAUUCGAUUUGAGAUGGAGGGGCCCUAUCCCUUUCCUCGACAAACGGAUUUCACUGCUCCGUGCCCACAGCCGAACUAAAUACAGGCCCGUUUAUGAAGUGACUUGAUCUUUGGUGCCGGCUGGAAAAGUUGUGGUUGGUUUCUGAACUUGUUGAUCUUGUUGAUGACCAACUUUUUGCAUUUCUGGGAUUAUUUCUUGAUCCGAACAGGAGUAUGACGGUGCACAGGUCUUUUAAAGUUUUUACGUCAUCGAUUGGUGUCGAAAAAUUUUAAAAAUCGGGAAUGGGUUCAACGUUUUUUGUGUGGUCGGCUAGCCGCGGCAGGUAUUGCAAAAUUAAAAAAAGUUUUUGAUACUCUGAAAGUUUUUUGUUCUAGUGGUGAUAAUUUUUACCUUAUUAGAACGAACGACGUUCAGAGUAUCAAAUACUUUUUUUUAAUUUUGCAAUACCUGUCGCGGAUAGCUGACAACACAAAAAACUGUAGAACCUAUUCUCGAUUUUUACAUUUUUCGACACCAAUCGAUGGCGGAAAAACUUUAAAACACUGCGCACAGUCUAAAUUCACGUUUGGAUCAAGAAAUAAUCCUGAAAUGCAUAAAGUUGGUCAUCAACAAGAUCAACAUGGUCGGAAACCGACCUCAACUUUCCAACCAGCACCAAAGAUCAAGUCACUUCGUAAACGGGCCUGUAUUUAGUUCGGCUGUAGGGCAGAGUAGUGAAAUUUUUUUUGUCGAGGAAAGGGAUGUGUGGAAUAGCCUAUUUGAGACUGUUUUGUUUGCUGAUAAAAACUUUAUUGAAUCUUCCAGUGUGACAUAGCCAAGUCUAUUGUUUUCUCCAGCGAUCUGUAGCCUAAGUCGAGCUCAUUGAAGGUCAAAUUACUGUAGAAUAGGCACUGCAUAAUAUCCUUUGUCAUAUUCCCCCAUUUCCCCUAAAACUUUCCAAUAACCAGUUUUAUGUCCGCCCAUACGCAUGCAUAUAUGACACUUUGCAUGCCAUUUUAUAGUUCAUAAAUUCCACAAAGUGUCGCCCGAGGCUGUUUAUUUUCGCCAACGGCAUUAUUGUUUUUGUUGCGCAAUUCUCAUUUCGCAGUUAUUGGCUUCAUGAACUUGAAGUGCGGUCGGCUUAACGUUUGAGUCCGAGCUGAAAAUAGCGUAUUUAUGGCUAGUUAAGGUCCUAACGAUGGUUUUGGGGAGCUGAGAAUUUGUCAGCGAGCUCUGCUGUUGGGGUCUUAUGGCAAAUUUUGUCUCUGCUGUUCAGGCAUCGUCGAGAUGUUCAACGGUAUUUACUGUUGAUCAGAGUGUCUGGAAAGAACUUUUCUGACCGCUCUCUCCACCUAAAGCACUCUCUCGUCGGAAAAAAUCGCUGAAAUAUCGGUUGCCUCUGCAACGCGCAACCCAAAAAUUUUAGAAACUGAAACAUGUCCUACAACUUUCUGAACAAACAAAUUUGAAAUUGUUAGCUGAUCUUUGACUUCCCCGACUCCAUUUUUAAUUUGCCCCUCCCUCCAAACGCCCCAUCAAAUUUCGCGGUUGGAACGCCAAAGUUCACGCGCCUUCCCCUCACCUCAUUGCCCCCUUCAGUAGCCUUCCCUGAGGUCCUUAUUUUGAAUGUAAAAAUUCUUUUUUUUUUAUUCACCUGAAAAAUGGCGCCGAAAAGUGGGGCCAUUUAUAUUUCGUUUGGGCUUUCAUCGCGGGUCUUUUCGAAAAAAAUAUGUAAAGAAUAUCAUCCGAAAGUAUUUUUGAGCGGGAGGAUUUGGAUACUCGAGAUUAGCGGCACCCAUGCAUUUUUUUUUAUUUUUUGGGCUUUAUUUAAAUUUCGAGGGCCCGUCUAGGUGAGGGUGUUGGUUGGGAAGGGAUUAGAAGGGUGAAUAGAAGUUGUAGUUUUUGAAAAUGAUGUGUAAGUAUAAUAUGUCUGUGUAUUAAAGUUGGGAAGUAUAAUCCUCCUAUCUUUUUCAAAUUUGGCGUGAAUCUUUUGUUCAGGCUAUGAACCAAUUGUUGAAAAUUGCAGCUCGCGCUUUGCAGACGCAGCUGAGAUAUUCAACAGGUUUUUGCAAACAGGAGAAUAUGGAAAAUGAGGAGAGCGGAGAAGGGAAAACCGUCCAAAAUUGGUUUGGAUAUGGCAGAAAAGUGUUUCUUCCCUGGUCUCUCCCUCAUUUUUCAUACUCUCUUGUUUGCAAAAACCUGUUGAAUAUUUCAGCUACGCCUGCAAAGCGCGAGCUACAAUUUUCACCAACUGGUUCGUAUCCUGAACAAAAGAUUCACGUCAAAUUUGGAAAAGAUAGGAGGGUUGUACUUCCCAACUUUAAUAUACAGACAUAUUAUAGAUACUAUCCACAUCAUUUUCCAAAACUACACCUUCAAUUCGCCCUUCUAAUUCUUUUCCAGCCAACACCCUCACCUAGACAAGUCUCAGCCGCCGUGUAAUGCGCAAGCUUGAAUUUUUAUGGCACCGGCUACUCUUCUCGGAAUAAAAAACCCUCUAACUCAAUUACGUCAAACUCCGGGCUCUCCGACAAACCCCCUUAAUCGGCCUACUCAUCCCAAACCAUUUGAGAUUGACCAUUUUUUUGCGGCCCUAAACGUUUGGGGGUCAUUUGAUUGAAUCGCGGGGGGAAGCGAGGGGAAUUAGGUUUCGGUCAAGGGCUAAUAAGGUUUAUUUCCGUUUAUGUCCACUACAUCAAAAAAAGUUUGAUUCAAUUUGGGCCGGAAGAUGAGAAAAACGUGGUGGCCGCGUAAAACGGGGGAAGGAAAUGCAGAUUGGUCUUGGAUUGGAGCCAAGAAAGAAACGUGAAGGGUUUUUUUGGGUUAUUGUAGAAGGGAAGGGGAGAGGAACAUAUUGUUCUGUUAUAUAUAGGGUUCCAAAAACAGUCAUGAGCCAAGAAUUGGAAGCUUGUUGAAGCGAUCAAAGUGGGCUUGUUUUUAAAAGACGAUUUCUGAGUCAGUGAAUCAGCCGCCAGUUAGCCGUGGACAUAGGAAAAAAUCGAUUUUGAGUUUUUUGCAUUAAAAUGACUGUUGGAAGGGGCUAAGCAAAAGCGAACAAUAUUUUUUCCCAAAUCCUUCGUUAAGGUAUAUUUUUUUACAAUUAACUGUUUUAGAAGUAAUCGCCUCUAGCUGUGGUAUCUUGCCUUACAGUGCAGUGAUUUGACGGCUACUGUAGUUUUUGACCCUUGCGAACACGAUGGAGUGAUUAUUUUUCCCGGUUUCCUACUGUAACAUACCGUAAUACCGUAUCGACCGCUAAAAAACGGUCGUAAAAUCUUUGUUUCUAAAAACCCCCAGCUGAUUUUUUGAUAUGUUAAUCAGCGUAAAAUUCUGCUCUAGACCCAAUCAAAAAAAGUGCAAAGAGUGGUGCGACAAAUUUCGUGGUGUAGUGGUUAGUGGGCGGGACUACCAUUCCAGCGUCCCGGGUUCGAUCCCGGCUGGGUGCAAAUGUCAAAAAAAUGCCGCAAAUCAAUUUUAAUGUAAAAAUAAGGAAUGUCCAAGGAACAUAAAGCAAUUUUAAAUAAUUAUGACACCUCUGUUUUCGAGUAAAUCCGGUUUAAUGUAAUCUUAGCGGCUGAAAACGGAAAAAAUAAAAGUGCUUCAAAUGGGAUAAAAUUCAUAGAUAUGGUUCUACAGGUUAUUAUAAGAAAUUUUUCCGUUAGUCUUUUUUUGUAACUUACAGUAUAACGGAUUACUGUAGCAUAAUGCAGAAUUUCGUAUUUUGCGUUCUACAUGGCGAAAAAGAGCUGGAAGUAAAGUCAUAAUGUGCAGAAUUAUUACCAAGAAGCUUAUCUGUGAGAAAAAAUAUUUUUUAUGGCAGUAUGAUUUGGUAUACCUGAAUAAUCUUACACCGUAUUAGCGAUCAACGAUGACAUCAGAACAUACUCGAAAUAAUUUGGAAUUUUGUUUCGGGUAACGAAAGGCGACUUUUUUUGGUGGCAGAGCGGUCUAACAAAAAAUCCCGACCUUUUUUCAAGAACAUCGAAGGGAAAAUCGAAUUUUUUGUAAUAAGUUGCAUGUUACAGUAAUCCUUUAUACUGUAAGCUACAAAAAAAGACUAACGGAAAAGUUUCUUAUAAUAACCUGUAGAACCAUAUCUAUGAAUUUUAUGGAAGCAGGCCCUUUCGGGGUGGGCCCUUUCGGGGUGGGCUUUUCGGGGUCGCCCUUCCGGGGUGAGCCCUUUCGGGGUCGGGCCUUCCGGGGUGGGCCCUUUCGGGGUCAAGGCAAAUACAGGGGUUUCCGGGUCCCGGAGCAUAAAUAAUUUUAUUUUUUUGAAACUACUGAUUUAUGACGUAAUCUUGUAAAAUCUUUGAAAAAAUGAUAGAACAAACACCGAGAUUGAAAAUGUUAAAAAUGACAUUUGAUAAAAGUUGGAAACAACCGACUCGUGGGGUGUGUCAACGGCGCUGAAUUCGAAAAUCACGUUCAUUUUUUGAGAUUUUUUCAAAAUUAAAGAGACAAUGUUUUUAUUGCAGAAAUUCUUGAUUGCAUUGCGCCGAAUCUGGCGUUCAAAGAAUUUAACUUUUUAAUAUGCAUACAAGGAAACUUUUAUCAAAUGUCAUUUUUAACAUUUUCAAUCUCGGCGUUUGUUUUAUCAUUUUUUUCAAAAAUUUUACAUGAUUACGUCAUAAAAUUAAUCAGUAGUUUAAAAAAAUAAAAUUAUUUAUGCUCCGGGACCCGGAAACCCCAGUAUUUGCCUUGACCCCGAAAGGGCCCACCCCGGAAGGCCCCACCCCGAAAGGGCUCACCCCGGAAGGGCGACCCCGAAAAGCCCACCCCGAAAGGGCCCACCCCGAAAGGGCAGUAACCCGAAUUUUAUCCCAUUUGAAGCACUUUUAUUUUUUCCGUUUUCAGCCGCUAAGAUUACAUUAAACCGGAUUUACUCGAAAACAGAGGUGUCAUAAUUAUUUAAAAUUGCUUUAUGUUCCUUGGACAUUCCUUAUUUUUACAUUAAAAUUGAUUUGCGGCAUUUUUUUGACAUUUGCACCCAGCCGGAAUCGAACCCGGGACGCUGGAAUGGUAGUCCCGCCCACUAACCACUACACCACGAAAUUUGUCGCACCACUCUUUGUACUUUUUUUGAUUGGGUCUAGAGCAGAAUUUUACGCUGAUUAACAUAUCAAAAAAUCAGCUGGGGGUUUUUAGAAACAAAGAUUUUACGACCGUUUUUUAGCGGUCGAUACGGUAUUACGGUAUGUUACAGUAGGAAACCGGGAAAAAUAAUCACUCCAUCGUGUUCGCAAGGGUCAAAAACUACAGUAGCCGUCAAAUCACUGCACUGUAAGGCAAGAUACCACAGCUAGAGGCGAUUACUUCUAAAACAGUUAAUUGUAAAAAAAUAUACCUUAACGAAGGAUUUGGGAAAAAAUAUUGUUCGCUUUUGCUUAGCCCCUUCCAACAGUCAUUUUAAUGCAAAAAACUCAAAAUCGAUUUUUUCCUAUGUCCACGGCUGACGCACUGACUCAGAAAUCGUCUUUUAAAAAGUGUCGCAGAGACACAAAAAAAGUCUUUUUUAAAGGUAACUAGAAGACCCUUAGUGACGUCUUCAGGGUCAUAAAGGGGUUGUCGGAAAAGUGCUUUUGCUUGUCUAUUCAAAACAAACAGUCUUUUUGUGUUUCUGCAAUUCUUUCGGAUUUUAAAUGUGGACUUAAUCUGAUAUAACUUUCACUCAACCGAGACUUCAUGGGACGUAAAACCUGAUUCACUUCGAAUUUCUGUACUUUUACCAAUUUUUUACUAAAAAUCUCUGAUGUUUCUGCAAAACGCGAGUUGAAAUUAAUCUUCCUGGUGUAUAGGUGGCUUGAAUAGUACCAUAAGGCUAACCAGGCAUUUUAAAGGUUCAGAAACCAUGUUUUGAAAACAAACUCUCAUAACUUCGAAAGCUUUCCGGACAACGUAAAAUUUCUAUCAUACUGCGUAUAGUGGUGGACCUGAUCCAGUGGCAAAAAACGUACCAUUUUGAUCCGGGAAGUAUCAAAAAUGUGGCAAAAUUCUUCCCUCUCCAGCUUUCGAAAUCUGAGUUUUUCACUUCGAGAGGGAGGUAUAAUAUUUUGCCACAUUUUUUGAUGCUUCCUGGAUGCAAAAUGGUACGUUUUUUGCCACUGGUUCGAAUCACUGUAUCAGUCUCAAAUGCCAAAGGGUUGACUUCAAAAGCGCGUUAUUUUUGUGAAGGAAGGGCACGCCCUUCAAUAAACCGUAAUCCCCCACUGUAGAUUACGGCACAAAAAUCGUAAUUCUGAUCGAUAAAUGCCGCAAACUGGUUGCCCAAAAGUGUCGCGACACCCUCCUUUUGAGUACGUUCUCUGUAAAUUUAGACUAUCCAACUUUCCCUCCUUUUAUUUUGUACUUCCACCUCUAUCUUUGGCGGAUAUUAUACUCAAAUUCGACGUUCUCUCAAUAACAAUUCUUGUUUCUCCUUCAAAUUUAUACCCAACCAACUUUCGUGUUAUGACUUUACAUCAGCAAUACGUUUAUUACAACCGGGAGUUCUUCCGUUUUACUAUAAGUACAUGUAAAUUGAGUCCAAGUCCAUAUAAGCUCUAAAUUGGGAAUGAAUUGGUCUGAAAUUUUCAGUUUUUUAUCUCAAUUUUGGAAGUGGGGAUAGUUCAGAGUGGAGUGGAUAGAUUAGGGGAUUUUCGGGAUUUAACGGAUAAAAAUUUAUUCUGUUUUGUUUCAAUUUAGUCUAACUUCAACUCAUUCUUCUAAAUAAACAACUAAAACUUGAUAAAACCAAAUUCAACGCCAAAAAUUUGGUUUUUUGAGGGAAAAUUGCAAAAAUAAGACGUUACAUAAGAUUCCCAGAAAAAUCCUUCUGAAGGUACGAGGAGGACGCUAGAAUUUGAGCUGAUUAUCCACCCGAUUAACUGGGUAUUACUUUUUUUGAAUAUUUUUCUGCGGAUUUGCCCGGUUCACUCCUUCUUUCUGAAUGAAAAGUGGUAAUUUAUAAUUUCGAGUCGAGGGAGGAAAAUGAGGAUGUUUUAGACCACUUUACGGGCUCCAGAUUAUCACUAUAGGAGUGUGAUUGAACUUUAUCGUGUUUUAGUUUGUGGGUGGACUUCUUAAACACUGGAUUUAAGUGGCUGGGAAAUGUGAAAGGGCAAAACAAUGAAUCUGUUGGAGGUUCUUUGUAGUUGUGUUAGAAGUCUGUCAAAGUUUUCACAAUUUUUUUUGUGAACGCCCUUUAUUAUUUGCUAAAAAUUUUUGCUUGCACUUUGCAGGCGUAGAUGAAACUUUUUGCGAUCUUUGCACACGAGAGAUCAUGGAAAAGGAGGAGAGCUGGCUGGAUGAAGAAAUAUCUCGGCCACUCCCACUUCCUCAUCCUUCAAAAAUAUUAUGUUUUACAAGGAAAACACUUCUAUGGGGUAUGGAGCUACAGUGACGGACCUGAUCCAGUGGUAUAAAACGUACCAUUUUGCAUCCAGAAAGUGUCAAAAAAUAUAGCAAAAUACCUCCCUCUCCUACUAAAAAAGACUCCGUUUUGAACGGCGCGCCCUUUCCCUCACAAAAAGAGCGGGUGCGCUUUUGAAAUCGUAGUUUUUUUUCACUUGGAGAGGGAGGUAUUUUGCUACAUUUUUUGAAACUUCCCGGAUGCAAAAUGGUACGUUUUUUGCCGUUGGAUCGGGUCCGCCACUGUAAAGUCGCUAACGUGAUUUUUGGCGUUUGUACUAUGCAGAAAAAGUCAGAGUGCGAGCGAGAGCCCAAAAAAAGCCUUUGCACGGUGCAAACAGAAAUUUUGUUUUUCUCACAGUCCAUGUCGCUGAAAUCACUCCAGCGACUUUGCGAGCUCACUAAAUAGUGUUUCCUUCGAAAUUUGGCAUAAAUUUUAUCAAAAAGGAGCAAAGCGAUGCCGUUGAUCUCCCGUCCAGACAUAAACAGAAGCCUCAAAACACGCACUGUACGUUCGUAUGUUGCGGACAGUGGGAAACCGAAAUGUGUGGACGGAAAUCUUCGUCUUCCCCCUUUCCUUUCUCCCUGCGGUCUUCGUCAUGGACGGCGGGUCCGAAAAAAGCCGAUUAUGGCCAUCUUGAAUCUCCGACGGCAUCCCCCUAAUGUCUUCUUUUUUCGUGACUUUCGAACUUCCCACAAAAAAAUCUCGAGAUUUCCCCGCGCCGUAAAAAACUUCCGACAAUGUUUUUGGAAAAAGAGGAGGAGGAAGAGGGAGGGGAUCGCAUUGUUUUAGUGAGCCCAUAAUGGAGCGGGUAAUGUGGGUAUGACUAUAAAAUGAAUCAUUUUUGAUUGGGUGUCAUAAUGAGCUCAUAAUGAGGAGAUUGAGGGUGGAGAAUUGGUGUUUGGGUUUUGUUAUUGGUAACGGACACAAGCUCUUUUGUCACCCAAGCAUGCGUACAAAUAAAUAAUGACUAAACUUGUCGGGGAAAAUGCUCAGAGUUGUUCAGACUGCAUUCAUUUGAGGCUCUGAAAAGUCUGCGUGGGUUUUGUAAUAUCUGAUUCCUCCAAAAAGUUUGCCUUACGUUUUGCAAAAUCAACAGGUCUACUUGUCGAAAACAAAAGUUUAUUACGCUUUUUCGAAAGUGCCUCGACUUUUUUGGUUUUUUUCGCACAUACACCAUGUUGCGCAACGCAUUCCUUUUCGAAAAAUUUUGCACUGUGCAAUUUCUUUUCUUGCGCCCAAAAUUCGCGAACUCCGUUGAGGGAAGCUUGCGCCGCCGCGACAUUGCGCUUACACGGUGCAAAAGAUCAAAUGCACGCCUCAAAAACGGGUUUUGUGCACGGUGCGGCCCACGACAAAACUUUGGAAAAAAUCGAAAUAUCAAUUCCUGAAAGUUUUAGCACGCGCUUUGCAAGCGCCGCCAUGAUAUUGAACGAUCUUUUCCGCCGAGAGAGUACACUAAACGCGGAGAGCGGUCAGGGAAAAAAAACACUUUUUGGCUAUAACUUUGCUAGUUUCGUGCGAAAAAGUUGAUUUUUUUUGAAACAUUACCAUCUAUGAUAGAAAUAGGCAUGAAACAUUUCGUGCCGGAAUUCGGCAAAAAGUGUCAAAUUUUCGCCGACUUUGGAUCUAAAUAUCUCGGUUGUUUCUGCAAAGCGCGAGUUAGGAUUCUCGCAUGUAUUUUACGAGGAAAGUACUUCUAUGGGGUAUGGAGUUACAGGUCUCAUAUAUCAAAAAAUUCGCGAAAUUUUUCUAAUUCAAAAUAUGCAAAAAUUAGCUGCCUAAUUUUGGUUUGUAAGGGUGAAAAAAUCCUCAGAACUUUUCUCGCAACACCACGAAAAUUGCCUUUUUUACAUUGGAACUACUAAUUAAGGUGUAGUAUAAAUUAAAUUUGAUAUUUUAAGGCUUGUCAAGAUACCAGAGUUUACUUUAGCUCAAAAACAAGCAUAUGAUUUGGUAAAAACUUCGUCAAAAAGGCAUUUGCGCGGUGUUUUGAGAAAAGUUCCGAGGGUUUUUUCACCCUUACAAACCAAAAUUAGGCAGCUAAUUUUUAAAUAUUCUGAAUCAGAAAAAUUUUGCGAAUUUUUUGAUAUAUGAUUCGACCUGUAACUCCAUACCCCAUAGAAGUACUUUCCUUGUUAGAAAAAAAUGUUCUAAAUUUGUGCCAAGUUUCAACAAAAUGAGCAUCGCACUUGGCGUACUUCCCUUAUUUAACAAAUCCGUAUCAUUGCGGGUAAAUAGUCAUCCACCAAAAUAUGUCCAUAUUUUUCCGCAUUUUCUAAUGUUUCGCCUCUUUAUUACAAAAUAAAUUUCACUUUUUAUUUCCGCACAGGGCUUAGGAUCCAUAAUUAAUAAGCGGGCGGGGGAAACAAAUGAUUUGUAUGUAAUUUUUAAUUAGUCAAAAUACGAAAAACAACUGCUCUAUGGCGGAUUUUAUGGGAUAAAUUCGCUGUUUACGGCCGCAAAAAAGUUAUUGGGAUUAUCGGAACAGUAACAAAACAAACGUCACGACUUGGCCGAUUGAGGGCUUAAUUUUUAAUUUUUUGAGGAAGUUAUAUAUAUAUUUUUUGUCUGUCUGUUCAAGGUAAGAUCGCUUUUGGCCUUUUAUACCUUUCAAUAACUCAGGAUAAAGAAAGCUAACGUUAGUAUGUAGCUAAAAUUUGAAAAAGUGGGAAAAUUUCAAGCCUUUGCCAAGUCUCUGCCGAGGCUUCGCCGAGCGUCCGCCGACCAUACAACGGCUUUACCAGGCCUCGUAGGCACUUCCUACAACCUUUUUUUGGGGAUCCACAUGCGCUGCGCCCCGUAUCGAUCGAUUUUGUGACGGCCCGAAUUGUCGUCGAUCCUAAGGGACAUGCAAGAUUUUGCUCGAUUGCUCUGGGCAAUCGAUAAAUCAUUGUAAAUAAACAGGAUAAUCGAUGUAAUAUUGGCGGGUCUUUUGUUCUUAGGGCCAAUUAGAGUUUGUAUUUUAAUUUAUGAUCUAGCUUAGAUGCAUUCAAUGCCUUGGGGCUUUUGAAAAGUGAAGUUUUGGUGAAGUGAUGACUUUUCGUUAAAAACGUUCUGAUUUUUCCUUCAAGGCAUAUUUUUUUGUUUUUUUUCUACAUAAGGGAGAAGCUAUAGUCGUUUUACAUUUUUUCACAAAGCAACCACCUUAUUUCGCCUUUUAGUUUUGCGAAAUUUCAAAUUUCCCACUUUUUCAAAAAUUCUCUGGCAUUCUGUUGCAAGGCAUAGAAAUUGCAAAAUAACUCACCAAAUCAUCACUAAGGGCUUCUACUACAUAGUGCACUCAAGAUUGAUAUGAUUUUCUAAAUUUCCCCAUUCAAUUUAUAUUAUCCUUUCUCACGUCUAACAUCUCUCUAAAAUAAUAUCAAAAACCUCUCAAUUCCUGAUGAAAUCCCUUUCUGGACUCGAAAAAAAAGACUGUCCUCGGAUUAUUGGUUGCAUCUCUCUGCCGGGUCUUGCUUGAUAAUCUUGCAAACAAAAGCCAAAUUAGUAAAAGUAAUACGACAAGUCUGGAGGCCCUCAAGCCGGAAACGUCGGAUUUCUCGGUCUUAUUCGAUUUCCACUGCUUUUUUGCUAUAUCGAUGGCAUAUGCUCCCGUUGAAAUAUGGGAGAGGACUUCUGGCUUUAAUUCAUCCGGAUUUAUGGGGAUCAUGCCUUGGCGCUUAUUCAUGGACAAGAUAAAUUGGACUCUUCCCCUUUCCCGAUGCGUUUGGGCGCUUGUAAAUUGUACUGUCAUCGGAGAGGGCGGUUUUAUCCACUCUCGGAAAUCGUCUUCUUCAAUUUUCUAAUAGCAUCCGCCAUUCCGCGGGUCUGUUUUUGCAGGUCUUCGCCUACAAUUGUUUGGUCGUCAUAAUAACGAAGCGAAGUCAAGUUGGACCUUCUUUUGUCUAAAGGCACGCGUUUUUCCGCCGUGAGAUUUUUGCGCCCGACUUUUUUGGGGAAUGUUCGAGCGAAGUGACACUUUACAAGGUCUCCUCAGUUUAAAACACGAUUUUUGAGUCAGGGCACCAGCGGUGGUCUUAGGAAAAAAUCGAUUUUGAGAUUUUUGGCUUAAAAUAGUCGGUAGCACUUGUGGAAGAAAAGCUAAAAAUAUUUUUGCCCAAUUAGCCUCUGGAGGCCGAUGUGAUCCGAACACAGAAAUCAAACCUGGCAUACAGGGGUUUUGACACCCAGCAAUCUGAAAAUCGUAGCCUUUUUACCGUCAGAUUACUGUAACAUGGUCAUACUGUAAUCCGGUCGAUAAAAAUCGACCAUAACUGCCCCACUACUGGCUGACGCAGUGACUCAAAAAUCGUGUUUUAAGUUGUUUUAUCGAUCUUCGGCAAAGACAUGUACGUUUGCGGAGAAAAAGUCGGUUAACUUGUGUCCGAGGUGUUGCUUUUUCGAUUUUUAUCCAUUUUUGCAAACUUUUUACAGUGGCGGACCUGAUCCAGUGGCAAAAAAACGUACCAUUUUGCAUCCGGUAUCUAAAAAUGAAGCAAAAUACCUCCCUCUCCAAGUGAAAAUACUCCGAUUUCAAAAGUGCUCUUUGUGAGGGAAAGGGCGCGCUCUUCAAAACGGAGUUUUUUCACUUAGAGAGGGAGGUAUUUUGCCGCAUUUUUUGAUACUUCCCGGAUGCAAAACGUUUUUUGCCACUGGAUCAGGCCCGUCACUGUAAUCCACAGAGUUUCUCUGAUAAAGAACUUGUAAAAAUUAGCUGUCCAAUGUUAGUCUAUCCAUAAUUUUUAACAAUAAAUGUGUUUUUUGACGGAAGAAAUUCACCGCUCCCCGACUUUUGGGGUCGACGACAGUUCGGGUCAACACAAAAUCCAUCAAUACUGGGAGUAGGGAAGGUGGAUAUCAAAAAAAGGUUGUAUGACGUGACUACGAGGCCUGGCAAGGCCGUUGAAUGUUCAGCGGACGCUCGGCGCACGUCAAGGUAAAAUAGAAGAAAAACGGGCGCCCAAUGAAAAAGCCUAGAAUUUUUUUUGGCAUUCUGCCCUGUGCAAUUUCGUUUUUGUCCAAAUAGUUUGCAAUAUUUUGACAUAAAGAUUAAUAGUAAAUCACAAGAUAUUGAUACCAAUAGAAAGCUCGAGAGUUGCUUAAGCUAAUAGAACCAAAAUAUACCCAUAAUUGUAGUAUUUUGACAGUCUUCCAAGGCGAAGAAUACAACGUCUAAAUAAAAGUUUGUAUCGACGAUACCGAGUCAGAGAGCGCUGGAAGGAGGUAUAGGCUCCACGUCAAAAAAUCCUUAAACUGUUCUUCGAGUAUCUACACCGGUCUCAUCCCGCUUGAUGGGACAGUUUUUUUGAUAUUCGGCCUUGAAAUUUACACUAUUUUUAGUCUAGCUCGAACCAUGUUCAAAAAAUGCGUCACAAUGACACCCAUUUAGAAUGUACCAGCGGGACAAAAAACAGUUGUAUACUACUAGUAGUACUCCCUAGAGUUGCCAUAAAAAAAUUAGGUUAAAAAUUGUUGUUAUGUGCAAUUUUGAUGACAGAUUUUAUGAAUUUUUUUUUGCUGUGAGAACCUUUGCAAUGCCCGAAAUUUCUUGACGCGCGGCGAAGGCUUGGCGGAAACUUGGCGAAGGCUUGCAAUAUUUUCACUUUUUCGAAUUUUAUUAACUAUUGCUAACCUUAAUUUUUUUGACCCUAAGUUAUUGUAACAUAUAAAAGACCAAAAUUUGACGGCAAAAAACGAAGAUCCAUAACUUUUAUCUAGACAUUAUUGAUGUGAGUACAUGUAAAAUAAUUCAAAAUAAGUGAUGAGCUAUCCUAGGACCGGUGAAUCUUAUUAUUUCUACUAUCUAAGCCUUCUCCUAGCCUCCCCCAUGCAUACAACGACGAACCGACGCGAUCCAUAGUAUCGCUGACCCGAAAAGUCGUAGCGCCGGAUUUCCACGCCUCCGCAAACGGGGCUCUAAUUCACGGCCUAUUACUCCAUACCCCAUAAAAGUGAGUGUAUACUCCUUGUUAAAAAAUUAUAAUUUAAGUCUGGGACAGUUUGCAUUAAAAGCCAAGCGUGGUACUUCCAGAACGCUCCUUGUAAACCGAACCCAAAAAAAUUGUGUAAAAACUCAAACUCUGCGUAAACACGAUUACAGGAAAUAUUUUUUGUACAUGCAUCUUGCCCAUUGCCCUUUUUUACUGCCUUGUUUUUACACCCAUAUUCAUUUCAUACAUCUAUUCCGCAAAAAAAACUUUUACCCCUCAAGCAGUGUAUCCGAUUACAUUGUCGUGCCGGAAAUGCGAAAUAGAAAGGUAUUUUUUCGGGUCCCAUAUUUACAUAACCACUUGUCGUGCUUUAUUAUUGACGUAUGGAAAUUUGUGUACCUGUGUGUGGAGGGAGGUGACAUUUAUGGUUUGAUUGGAGGGAGGAGGAUUGUGGAGUUGAGGUGGAAGGUGGGAGAGCCAGUUCUUUUUUUAUUUUUACAAGUAGAGUGGCUGACCUGACUCAGUGGCAAAAAACGUACCAUUUUCCAUCCGGAAAGUAUCAAAAAAUGUGGCAAAAUACCUCCCUCUCCUAGAAAAACUGUCCGUUUUGAAGGGCGUGCCCUUCCUUCACAAAAAUAACGCGCUUUUGAAGUCGACCCUUUGGCAUUUGAGCAUGAUGCUUGACCGAAAAUCGGAAAAAAUCAAUUGACUUUUUUUGGCGUACGUAAAAGCUAGCAAUAGAAAGAGAAAACAGUCAUAUUUUCCGCCAAGCUUUUGAAAAAAAUUUUUUUCUUUUUCAAAAAAUCUCAAAAUUUUUAAAAUACGGUAAAACCAAAUAGUCUGUUCUCUAGCCUGUUCCCAAAGUCACUGGAGUAAUUUUUGUAGAAAAAGUGAGGGUGCAAGCGACAGCCCGAAAAAAACAAAAAAUUGCACGGUGCAAAAAGCAAAAUAUUGCACAGGGCAAAGUGAGUUGUUGUUUUCGCACAGUGCAUGCCGCAAAAAUCACUCCAGCGACUUUACAAAUGUACUAGUAUUUGAGCUUAAAACAUGGCCAAAAAUCGGAAAGAAUUACUGAUUUUUGAUGGCUGAAAAGUGCAUAAAAGCUAGGAAUAGAAAAAAUUAGUCACAUUUUCGUCAAGUUUCGUUAAAAUCGGUGGACUUAAAAAAUUGACAUUUUUAUUUUUUUUCAAAAAAUUGACUAUUUUUUUGAUUUUCUUUCCAGAAAAUCAGCAUUUUUUUUAUUUUUCCCCAAAAAAUCGAUUUUUUUCUAAAAGAUUGGCAAUUUUUUACCCAAAAAAUCGAUUAUUUUUUUAUUUUUUUUGCAAAAAAAUCGACAAAUUUAAAAAAAAAUUUUUUCGCAAAAAAUCUACAUUUUUUUUUCCACAUGAAAAAUCGACAAAUUUUUUUUAUUUUUCCCCAAAAAAUAGACAUUUUUUUCAAAUUUUUUUUUUUCAUUUUUUUUUCAAUUUUUUUUUAAAUCGACAAUUUUUUUUAAUUUUUUUCUUCAAAAAAUCUCAAAAUUUACAAAACACGUCAAACAAAAAUUUACCUUCAAAUCCGUCUCACCUAAAUUACAGCAUGAUCCCUUCACAUUCCGCCAGAACAGGUCAAAAUGUUCGUCAGCGGUAUUUAAUAUUUAUUUCCGUCUCCAUUUCAUCUUGUAGGUGGCAAUUUGUUUUGUUUGCCGUAUAAGGAGUGCAGCGGGUUUGUUUCCAAUUCCCUCUUCUCGAUGUCCACUCGUCGGCAUUUGAAGGCGUGGGAACACCGAAAUAGCACCCAAAACAGGUGCAUUUCUCCCAUUUUUGAUUGCGAACAAAAGGGUUGCGGGGAAUUUGGAAACUUUAAUUUUUGACUUGACAUAACAAUGAAGGAGAAUUGGUGGAAAAUUAAUUUUUUUUGUUGAAAAUUGAGAGAAUUUUUUGCCGAAAAAAGCGAUUUUUUUGGAUGGGUUGUGACAUAAAAGUCGGGUCCUACGGUAUCUUAUCACAUAUUUUGAGGUAUUUUACAUGUACUCACAUCAAUAAUAUCUAGAUAGAAGUUAUGAAUCUUCAUUUUUUCCCCCAAAUUUUGAUCUUUUAUAUAUUUCAUUAACUUGGAGUAAAGAAAACUAACGUUAGUAAUAACUAAAAUUAGAAAAAGUGUACAAAUUUCAAGCCUCCGCCAAGUCUCCGCCGAGCCUUCGCCGAGUGUCCGCCGAUAAUCUGACGGCUUUUCCAGGCCUCGUAGGCACUUCCUACAACCUUUUUUUGGGUAUCCGCCAGCCUUCCGCCCUGUAUCAAAAGAGAUUUUUAGGCCUGUGUUUGCAAAGGCAAUCGAGAUUUUUUGGUCUUAAAAUGAAAAAAAAAAUAUUUUUUUAUUUUUCAAAAAUAAAAAUUGCCAUUUUUCUCAAACAAUAAAUUAAGAAAUUUAAAAAAAAAAUCGUUUUUUCUGGCACAAAAAAGUAUUUUUCUCCGACCGUCUCUCCUCAUUUUCCAUGAUGUCUCGCCUAAAAACCUCGUUCAGUAUCUCGGCUGAGGGUUCAAAAUGAAGGCUGAAAAUUUUAGAGAAUAAUACAUGGUCUAUUAGCGUUGUUGUGACAAAAUUUUAAGGCAUUCCAAAGUUUGAGUUUAAAGAAAUUUUUCGAGUAAAAAAUUGGCAAACUUCUUCGAAAAAAUCGCAUUUUUUGCGGUUGAGUUCUUCAUAAAUAUUUAGAAAAGGAAUGAGAAUACGAUAGAGGACCCUCAGUAAAAAUUUCAACACCAAAAAAUUCGAAAAAUUUGUGUAAAUCAUCAAAUUUUGGCCAAAAUCUCGGUAAUUUCCCUAUACUUCGAAAAAAAUUCAAAUUUUAACGCUGACAUUCAAAGUUUAAAUGCUCAAAAUGACUUUAGAAGAGUCUCUCGUGCCAUUUCCAAAGAUCUGAAGGGGUUUUGAAAGUCUUGUUACUUCCCAUUCCUUUGUCAUUUCAUUUGUUUGACAAUGAGCCGUCAAAAUUUUGGGAUUUCGUUUCUGACAAAAUGAUCAUUGUCUGAUCCACUCGGAGAAGAAAAAAUGUCACGUUGAGCUCAUUUUUGAGGUUUUUAAAAGUAUUUUUUGGUUUUCCUUUGGUUUUAUGAGUAAAAAAAUUUUGGGAUUUUUUAAAAUUUUCCGGAGAAAUUGUCAAACUUGACGUGAGAAUUUUAAUUUUCAGACCUAAAUUUGAAUUUUUAAUAUGGAAAUAGACUUUUUAUUUUGCGUGCCGACCCGACACCAACGUUUCCGUUGCACUGGGCAUUGAAAAAGGGUUCAUUCCUUUACUUUUUUUAAAAAUUGUACCCAAUUUUAAUCGGUUUUGGGAAUUGUCGAGCUAGUUAUUGAUGGGAAGUGGUACAAACAAGAAGGAAUGGGAUUUUUGGGAUAUACCUGAACUUUGAGGGAAAGUGACAUUUUAUACGAUGAAAAGUGUUUUGGGAUUUUUUAGAGGGCAUGAAAAGAGUCUAUAGUCGGGAAAUUAUCGUAGUAGGCACAAAAAAUAUUAUUGCUGAAAAUUCGGGAUUUAAAUAGAUGGGGACAUUUUAUACGAUGAAAUAUGUUUUGGGAUUUUUUAGAAGUGAUAAAAAGAUUUAAUAGUCGGAAAAUUGUCGUAGUAGGCAUAAAAAAUAUUAUCGCUGAAAAUUUUAGAAUUAAAAGGAUGGAUACAUUUUAUACGAUAAAAAAUUUUUUUGGGACUUUUUGGGGGUCGUAAAAAAUUUCAUUUCAGCGAAGGCCCGAUUAGCUAGAAAAAAAUCUUAUUGUUGAAAAUUCGCGAUUUCAAUAUCUGGGGACAUUUUAUACGAUGAAAUAUGUUUUGGGAUUUUUUAGAAGUGGUAAAAAGAUUUAAUAGUCGGAAAAUUAUCGUAGUAGGCAUAAAAAAUAUUAUCGCUGAAAAUUUUAGAAUUAAACCAAUGGAGACAUUUUAUACGACAAAAAAAUUUUUGGGACUUUUUGGGGGUCAAAAAAAAUUUGAUUUCAGCGAAGGCCCGAUUAUUUAGAAAAAAAUCUUAUUGUUGAAAAUUCGCGAUUUCAACAUCUGGGGACAUUUUAUACGAUGAAAAGUGUUUUGGGAUUUUUUGGGUCUUAUAAAAAGAGUUCAUAAUCGGAAAAUUAUCGUAGUCGGCACAAAAAAUUUUAUUGGCAAAAAUUCUAGAUUUAAAAAUAUGGCGACAUUUUAUAAAAAUUUGCUUGAGGUUUUCGUGAUUUUACGAUUUUUUUUAAAAUUUUUUGUGUAAAUUAUAAUCUGAAAAGCGACCGUUUACCCUUUUUUCUUACGUGGUUCCCUCGUUUCCAUUUGAUUUUUUUAUCCGAAUUACUUUCAGCUUCCCCUCCAUUGCCCAUUCUUGGGCAAAUGCUGGCUUGGUGCCGUUGCCCAAAAUUCUACGGGUCGCUGCGCCGAAUACAGUACUUAUACUGUAAGAUUUUUUUUAUUUCCCAUUGUUUUUGAGUUUAGGACUCAUUUUCUGGUUUUUUAUUUAUGCAAAUUUUUGAAAAAUUUAAAAUCCCAAAUUUUUAAAUAUGCAAAUUUUUCAAAAUUUCAAACAAAAAUUUUCAGCAAAAAACUCCCUGAGGCUACUCUCUGUGAUAUUCCUCACCAUCCUCCUUCUCCCUCCAGCCUCAGCGGCCGUUCAUUCGUUGCCCUUGAGCAGGCAUAGUAGACAUCGCCUACAGUGUAUGACUUGUGUCAUGGUACCCGGCGACACCACGCAAUUGGACCAAUUUCGGGUCCGACAGAACUUGAUUGAACCCUGGUGCGAGAUGGAGCCGGUGGAGUGUUCGGCUCAGCAAGAUACGUGUGUCACGGUUAGCAUGCAGGUAAACACUUCAAAAAAUAAAAUUUUUGACAAUAAAGGUUUUUUUAUCGUAUAAAAUGUCCUCUUAUCUGUUGUUAGACAAAAUGGAAGAUUUACUUAGCGUAUUUUUAGCCACUCAUGAUUUUAAUUUUUCAUAAUUUCUCAAAAAUCCCAAAAUUAGAAAAAAACCUGUUUCAUCGUAUAAAAUCUCACUCCUGACAAUUUUUUUGCAUACCAUAUUAUUCAAUAUUCUAUCAUUGCACCACUACCAAAAUUUCCAUGAUUUUUCAAAAAAAGUCGGAAUUUCCUCAAAACACCUUUCAUCGUAUAAAAUGUUACUUUCUUAUAAAAACGCCACACUUGCCCCAACAAUCAAUUUAGAUGGUCCUAGGAACAUUCAGUGGAAUAAACUGACCAUUUUUUCACUCUAAAAAUCGCUUUUUUUCCAGGUUGCAACUCGCCGAUUUUGGAUGGGCGCAGGCUGCGAUCAACGCGUAAAUUAUGACAUCCCAUCGGAUCGGGACGGCUGCGCGGAGCUUCAGACGUUCACACGCAACAUUCAGCCGGGCUACAUGGAGGAACGAAGAGCUUUUCAGCAGGUCUGUCUGUGCUCUACGCCUCUCUGUAACAGCUCUAGUAGGUCUAGUAUAACAUAUUUUUUGGUAAUGUUUUGCUUAGUUGUAGUGUUCAGGAUACGAUGA